UUGCUUUAAUUUUUGUUUGUUUUUCUACAAAAAAACUAGUUUCUUUCUCUCUCUCUCUUUCUUUUUCUUCAGCACAACACAAACUCUACUCAGUCUCUCUCCCUUUAGUCCUUCCCUUUUUUCAGGCUUUAGGGUAUUUGCUUUCAUCUGCCGGAAUUUUUCCCUCUUUUUUUUUUUUUUUUGAUUAAAGAGUGUCGAAGCGCCUCCCAAGUUGGGGGGCUUGAGGAGCUGCGGGAGACUAUGAGAGGAGGUGAUAAUAGUGCUGCUACGGAAGAGGUCAGCCAAACCAACGCCGGAGAUGGAGUGACCAUCAACAUCAGAUGCUCCAACGGAUCCAAAUUCUCCCUUCAGAUCAACCUCGAUUCCACCGUCGAUUCCUUCAAGACAGUUCUUGCCCGCAACUGCGAUAUCCCCGCUGAUCACCAGCGUUUGAUUUACAAAGGUCGGAUCUUGAAGGAUGAUCAAACCCUUCAAAGCUACGGGUUGGAGGCAGAUCACACUGUCCACUUGGUUCGUGGUUUUGGACUACCACCAACAACCAAUGCAGCUGGAUCGAUCAGCUCUGGGGCUUCAAACACAGCUCAAACAAAUACAAGUGCUGUUGGUUCAGAUGAAGCUGGGGCACUAGGAGCCGGGGGGGCUGGUCUAGGAGCUUCACUGCUUCCUGGACUUGGUCUUGGUGGCUUAGGUGGCAGUGCUGGUCUACUUGGAGCUGGGCUCCCAGAUUUUGAACAAGUGCAACAACAAUUGACUCGGAAUCCCAACUUCAUGAGAGAAAUAAUGAACAUGCCUGCUGUUCAGAAUAUAAUGAAUAACCCUGAGAUAAUGCAAAACUUGAUCAUGAACAAUCCUCAAAUGCGAGAAAUCAUUGACCGAAAUCCUGAGCUUGCACACAUACUUAAUGAUCCAAGUACUCUCAGUCAAACACUUGAAGCUGCAAGAAACCCUGAGCUCAUGCGUGAAAUGAUGCGAAAUACAGACAGAGCAAUGAGCAACAUUGAAUCAUCACCUGAAGGAUUCAACAUGCUUCGACGUAUGUAUGAAACUGUUCAGGAGCCUUUUUUGAAUGCAACCACUAUGGCUGGGAGUACUGGACAUGAUAGCUCAAACCCAUUUGCUGCCCUCCUGGGAAGUCAAGGAGGAAACCAAGGCGGAGAUGGAUCAACUAACCAGUCCACCCCCACUUCUGGAACUAGUACCAAUUCUCCUGCUCCCAAUACUAAUCCACUACCAAACCCUUGGUCUUCUGCUGCCACUGGAGGUGCCCAAACUAACACAACAAAUUCGAACCAUAGUGUGGAUGCUAGGCCGCGGGCACCUGCUGGGUUAGGUGGUCUUGGUCUUCCAGAGUUUGAAGGCAUGUUUGGUGCUAUGCAGGAUUCUAAUUUACUGAAUCAGUUGAUGCAAAAUCCAGCUAUUUCACAAAUGAUGCAAAGCCUCCUGUCCAACCCUCAAUACAUGAACCAGGUUCUUGGUCUUAAUCCUCAACUUCAAAGCAUGCUUGAUUCUAAUUCUCAACUAGGAGAAAUGACGCAAAACCCUGAAUUUCUUCGUCAGUUGACUUCUCCUGAGACGACGCAGCAACUAUUGACUUUGUGGCAGUCUCUUCUUUCAGAACUUAGUCGGCCACAAUCAACCCAGGAACCUGCUCAGACUGGUGGAGCUGCAGGAAUGCUCAACAACAUGGGGUUGGAAGCACUGAUGACCAUGUUUGGCGGACUUGGGGAUGGCAGCUUGGCUGUUCCUAAUAUAUCUGAUGUACCUCCAGAACAACUAUAUGCCAGCCAGUUGUCACAGCUUCAAGAAAUGGGUUUCAUAGACACUCGAGAGAAUAUUCAGGCAUUAAUUGCCACAGCAGGGAAUGUUCAUGCUGCAGUGGAGCGGUUAUUGGGAAAUUCUGGUCAGUAGAUUGUUAUGGAUAUUUAUUAGUUAUGUGGAAAUUUGUGAGAUUGAAAAUGAGUUGUAUUCGAGGGAAGGAAUAAGUUUAGAUUAGGAUUAUAGUACAAGGGGCUAGAGAGGUAGGUGGGUCAGCGUUUAAGUGUCUUGUACAUCCUCGAUAUUAAGAUUGGUAAUUAAUGUGAAUUGGUUGUUAAAUUUGUUUAGCUCCGAAAUUUAUGUAUCAGUGGUCUAAUUUCCUUGAAAGAAACAGCUAAUGAGUGAAUAUAUGUAUUAUCUCAGCUGAUAGUGUUUUGUUGCAGUAGCUAAUGAGUGAAUGUAUGUAUCAUCCCAGCUGAUUGUGUUUUGUUGCUCAACCAGUUGGUAUAAGAAAUAUCGGAUGGAAAUGAAUUUUGAAUUUGCUAUAACAAAUAUUUGCAAAAUUCGGGGGAAUAGAGGAUCCUGGUGUUGUGUUUA